AUGGCUGAUCCCCGCGUUGAAGAAAUCCACGAUGACGAGGUCUCCAAGACCGUCGAGGAGAGCUCCUCUGAGUCUGGCUCCGAGGCUGGCGAUGAGCCCAACAUUCCCGCCGGUGCCUCCGUCGCCGUCCACUCCCGUGGUGAGAAGAAGGCCCGCAAGGCCAUUGGCAAGCUCGGCCUGAAGCUCGUCCCUGGCAUCACCCGUGUCACUCUCCGCCGCCCCAAGAACAUCCUCUUCGUUGUCAACCAGCCCGAGGUUUACCGUUCCCCCAACAGCAACUGCUGGAUCAUCUUCGGUGAGGCCAAGAUUGAGGACCUGAACUCCCAGGCCCAGGCUUCCGCCGCCCAGCAGCUCGCUGCCUCCGAGGCCGCUGGCGACCACGCCGGUCACGACCACGAGGAGAUUCUCGGCAAGGCCAAGGCCCCCGAGACCGAGGAUAAGAAGGAGGAUGAGGAGGAUGAUGGUGAGGAGGUGGAUGAGUCCAACCUUGAGUCCAAGGAUAUCGAGCUGGUCAUGGCACAAGCAAACGUUUCCCGCAAGAAGGCCGUCAAGGCUCUCCGGGAGAACGACAACGAUAUCGUUAACUCCAUCAUGGCUCUCAGCAUAUAA